GUCCCAAAACAGUGUUUUUCUGGGCACCUAUUAUGAAAUGGGGUUUGGUAUGUGCCGGAAUGGCUGAUAUGACCAGACCAGCAGAAAAGCUCAGCACAGCACAGUCUGCAGUACUAAUGGCCACAGGCCUUAUUUGGUCACGGUACUCUCUAGUUAUUAUUCCCAAAAACUGGAGUCUGUUUGCUGUGAACUUCUUUGUUGGCUGUGCCGGUGGCUCUCAACUCUUCCGAAUAUGGAGGUAUAAUCAGGAGCUAAAAGCAAAACAAGAGCAGCUGCAGCAAAGAGAUGCUUAACCCAACACGUCGGAUCCAACAACGCACAAACCCUUCCCCAUGGGACCUAGCUUCACUAAUUUUAGUGAUUUUUCCUCUGAGAAAAGGAAAGAGGAAAUCUAAAUGUCUAGAGAGCAAGUGUUUUCUAAGUGCAAAUAACAAAGUAUCCCAUACACUUAAAUAAAGUGCAACCUUUUAAAUU